GGCGCCGGGCAAAGCGGGAGGAGACACCGGGCAGCGGGGCACUGCUGCGGGCAGGAGGCGGCCAUGCCGUUCGUGGAGCUGGAGACCAGCCUGCCGGCCGAGCGGCUGCCGCCGGGGCUGCCCACGAAGCUGUGCGAAGCCGCAGCCACCAUCCUGGGCAAACCCGCCGAGCGGGUGCACGUGACGGUGCGCAGCGGGAUGCCCAUGGUGCUGUCGGGCUCGGCCGAGCCCUGCGCACAGCUGCUCGUCUCCGCCAUCGGCGUGUUGGGCUCGGCGCAGCAGAACCAGGGGCACAGCGCCCGCUUCUUCGACUUCCUGACGGCGGAGCUGGGCCUCGGCCCCGAGCGGAUCAUGAUUCGCUUUUUCCCGCUGGAGCCCUGGCAGAUUGGCAAGAACAGAACAGUCAUGACUUUCCUGUGACCCCUCGAGCGGCCGUUUGGAACAAAGCAGCGAUGAAGAAACCCAGAGAUGGCCUGCUCCAUCUACCUUGUUUCCUCUUAAAUCAGCUCUAAUAGUUCUGCACCUUCACCUAUGUGAUUCUCUUCUGCUUUUGGACACUGUGCAUAAUAAGAGUGGGGCAUUCAGCUGUACUGUUACCAGCAAAGUAGUUCAAAGUCCUUGUCUGAAGCCUUUCAUGUAGCACAAAGGGCUCUGCAGGUGCCUCAGCCAUUAGCAAUCUGGAGAUGGCCAUGCUUAACAGGCUGAGACAAAGCUUUUCUUGCAGAAGUCCAGAAUUUAUUUGGCUUUACUGAGAAUUGCAGAGGUCCUCCAGUUUAUCCAGAUUACCUCGUGUUUUGUCGUGCAGAAAGAUCCUCCCUUCUGUUUCUAUGUGGCAAGAGGUGGCUCCUAGGCUGGCUGAGGAGAACUGGAAGUAUUCCUUAAAUUAUUCUGUUUUCAGGCUCCCAAAAAGCCCUUCCUGGAAAGAGGUGAUUGUUGGAGACAAGCUUGUGCAUUAAUUUCAUUGUUUAUGUAAGGCUCGUGUCUGAUUUUGUGCUCUGUGCUCUACCAUUGCCAGUUGCAGGUGGCUGCUCCCACAAAGUUCUGUUUGCCCAUGGAAUCUUUGUGGCUGGCUAUUUGUGUGUCGGUGGCUGUGUGUAGAGGAUGGAGCUGCUAGUGAAGAGUUGCACUGUGCCACAGGAAAAUGUUGUGAAAAUUCUGCCUCUGCUGCCUUUAAUCCCUGCUGUUAACCCUGGCGUUCAAAAUAGGUUGCAUUUCUUCACUCUUACAGGGAGUUUUGGAAAGGGACAGACAUCUCACUGUGCCCCAUUGCUGAUUUUUCAUCUGCCUGCACUAUGCAGAGGGGCUGCUGUAGUUGCCCACAAGUGACUGAGCACACAGGCAGCAUUCUGCCUAUUGCUCUCAGAACCUUAAAACUUCUGUUGCUGUUGCACUUUCACUCUGAAGUGUUUUGGAUUUUAGGACCUAUGUGCUCCAUCACUUUAUAACUGGAAUGUACGUGGUAUUUCAGUAAAACAAAAGCACAGUAAUGUUAUUUCAGCCUUCCACAUGAGAACUCGUACUGCCAUUCCCUCCACUCUGGGACUUUGUCAGGUGCCAGGCACAGAAGCAAAGAGGACCUAAUUGCAUGCCCUUGAGAGGUAGAGACCAUUAAACACAAGGCUGAAGAGUCUCCAUUCCUUCAUAAUCUUGAUUCGAUUUUUGUUUGUUUAUGUCUUGAGCUCAAGCUAGUUGAAAAUACCCCUUCUAAUUAUCACUUGAAUUUGGUUAUUCCUUACGCAGCAUAAGGAUCUUCUGUGUUUGCAAAAUUCCCCCUCAGGGGGAGCCGUGCUGUCUGAUUAAUAAAAUGUAUCAAAACCUG